CAAAAACAGAGGUGUGCUCAAAUUUCCCGUGCCCUCUACGGUCAGUAUCAUUCCUUUCGCUGACUCGAGUUUCGUCCUGGAGGUUGAGGGGAGAACCAAGGAGCCAGAGAGACGGCGAACGAGGAAGACGAAGAGCGUGGAGAGAGUCUACUUCUCUCGACCAUGAAUUCGAUAAGGAAUCCUGUUCUUCCGGUUUCCGAUCCUCCUCUCGCCGUAGAGGACGAUAGCGACGGUAAAGGUGUCGACGACCGGCUUUUCAAAGGAUCCGCCAUGACCAAACGUGGCGCUUACGCUGCUCUUUCUUACAUGGCCUGUGCUGUUAUGCUUGUGCUGUUCAAUAAAGCAGCUCUCUCUUCCUAUGAGUUCCCUUGUGUGAACGUUAUCACACUAUUUCAGAUGAUUUCCUCUAGCUUGUUUCUAUACGCGUUGCGGCGCAAAAAGAUCAUCUCUUUCGCAGCUUCUGAUUCUGAUAACGCCUCAAGUUUUGUUUCAUUGAAGUCAUUGUUUCACACCCUUCCUCUAUCAAUGGCCUAUCUUACGUACAUGCUAGCCUCUAUGGCAUCUAUCAGAGGGGUAAAUGUUCCCAUGUAUACCACACUUAGGCGUACCACGGUGGCAUUUACUAUGGUGAUUGAGUACAUGCUCACAGGUCAGAGAUAUACGCGGUCUAUCAUUGGAAGUGUUGGCGUUAUUUUGCUUGGCGCAUUGUUUGCUGGAGCUAGGGACUUGUCGUUUGACUUUUAUGGAUAUGCUGUUGUUUUCUUAGCUAACAUAACAACAGCAGUAUAUCUAGCAAUCAUUGCCCGAACUGGGAAAUCAAGUGGUUUGAAUAGCUUUGGCCUUAUGUGGUGCAAUGGAAUUAUAUGCGGACCGAUAUUGAUGAUUUGGACUUUUAUUUGCGGUGACUUGGAGAAGACGAUGAACUUUCCUCACAUCUUAUCUCCCGGUUUCAUGGCUGUGUUGUUCUGCUCGUGCGUGUUGGCUUUCUUCUUAAACUACAGCAUUUUUCUUAACACCACUCUCAACUCGGCCCUCACGCAGACAAUUUGUGGCAAUAUGAAGGAUCUAUUCACCGUUGGACUAGGCUGGAUGCUCUUUGGCGGACUCCCAUUCGACUUGAUGAAUAUUAUUGGACAGUGUUUUGGUUUCUUCGGCUCUGGUUUAUAUGCAUAUUAUAAGAUCAUCGGGAGGUAAAUACUCUAAACAAAGAAGAGCCAUUCAAAAACAUGAGUGGCCUAGUGAUAAGAAACCAAAGGAAAGCCUUAAUGCAAAGAGAAGCUGUUUAGUAAUUUUCAAGUAGAUGUUCAACUUCGGUUUUGCAGGUUAAUUAGAGUAGUAUUAAUAAUACCAGGCCUCAUUUUUUCAAACUAGUAUUUUCAAGAAGGCGAAACAUAAUUCGAUUAUGGAGAAACUGAUUUUUUUUUUGGGUAUUUAUUUACCUUUGUUUAUCUUUUUCUCGUUUCUUCCUUUUGUAUGUAAAUUAUAGAGAAGGAUGAUUCAGUUUUCGUUGGAAGCUAAUAUAGAUGCGUUCAAAAUUUUCUAAAUGGAAGGUGCUAUUAACAUUCA